UUCGCACCUUCCCUCGCGGCGGCCGCUGGGCUCUGCUUGGGGUUGCGCCUGCAAACCGGCGGCCUCGAGGACCUUCCGGCCGUUUGGCAGCGGGUGAAGCCGUGAGGAGGCGCCAGCCAGAUCUGCGCGGGGACGGCGUGCGCCCCCGGGAGGUGUCGUGCGGGGCGCCCGGCCCCGGGCAGCUGCUGGACUCCCUGGAAGGUGCCGGUCUGCCCAUGCAGCGGAGGGGCUAAGUGAUGAGACCGGCUCUCCAGGAAGCCCCCCUUGGCUAUAGCCCCAGGAAGGCCUCUUCAAACCCCAUUUUGUUUCAAGUCACUUCUGAAGCCGCUUGAGAAAAAUGAUGUGACAGUUUCUAUCAAGAGGAUUUUUGGAAACCUAUAACAUCUUUCCAGGACGUGGCCUUUUUUUUCCCUUUGGCCAAACAGACAUUCUCAAAUUCCAAAAUGCCAGCCAAGACCCCAAUUUACCUGAAAGCUGCCAAUAACAAGAAAGGAAAGAAAUUUAAACUGAGGGACAUUCUGUCCCCUGAUAUGAUCAGUCCUCCCCUGGGAGACUUCCGCCACACCAUUCACAUCGGCAAAGAGGGCCAGCACGACGUCUUUGGAGACAUCUCCUUCCUUCAAGGGAACUAUGAGCUUUUGCCUGGAAACCAGGAGAAAGCGCACCUGGGCCAGUUCCCUGGGCAUAACGAGUUCUUUCGGGCCAACAGCACCUCUGACUCCAUGUUCAUAGAAACGCCCUCACCAGUGCUCAAAAACGCCAUCUCCCUCCCGACCAUUGGAGGGUCCCAAGCACUCAUGUUGCCCCUGUUGUCACCGGUGACAUUUAAUUCCAAGCAGGAGGCCUUUGGGCCAGCAAAGCUGCCCAGGCUUAGCUGUGAGCCUGUUGUGGAAGAGAAGGCUCCGGAGAAAAGCAGCCUGUUGGCCAACGGGACGGUCCACCAGGGGGACGUCUCAUGGGGCUCCAGUGGCUCCGCGUCGCAGUCCAGCCAGGGCAGGGACAGCCACUCCUCCAGCCUCUCUGAACAGUACGCCGAGUGGCCGGCCGAGGACAUGUUCGACCAUCCUGUCCACUGCGAGCUGGUCAAGGACAAGACUAAAUCUGAGGAUUCCCUCUCUGAUCUCACCGGCUCUCUCCUUUCCCUGCAGCUCGACCUAGGGCCCUCGUUUUUGGAUGAGGUGCUGAAUGUCAUGGAUAAAAAUAAGUAACGGGGUGCCAGCUCUUGGCUUUCAGGGGCAAAGGUAGCCACAAAACUAACCAUGGGCAAGAAGAACCUCACUGACUACACUGCAGUUGUGAUGGGUUUUCGAAAAUAAUGUUCCUAUGAGAUUUUUUUUUUUUUACCUGUUAUGCUUUGUUUGCAAAAACAGUUUAGGGGGGAAAAAAAAAAAAACUUGUCCUGGCAAAAAGAGGAAGUGAGUCAGUCAGAAUCCAUUUUCGGCGGGCACUGCUGAUGUUUAGUUCACAUUUUCUGGCCUGGCCAGGAUUGGCACGAGCUAUGAAGGGCUGUGGGAUUCGAGUGAAGGAACUUGGAAGUACUCCGACAUUUUCUGAGCAAGAGGAAGUCAAAAUAUAUUUAACACCUAAGCCUUUUUUCUAGACUCUUUUCUACAUUAUACUGUUUGGGCUCACCAUAGCAAAUUCUCAGUGUUAAAGAUUUUUCUCUGUUUUCACAUUUGAACAAUUGUAUGGGUUUUUUGGAAAUUUUCUCGCAGCUCUUAUAUAUCCUUAUAUAUUAUAUCUAUUUGCAAAUUUUUGACUGUCAGCUACAUGUUGGUAAGAUACAAGCAAAGUAUUACUGUAACUAAGUUAUUUUUAAAGUUAAAAUAUAUUUUUAUGUGCCUUUGGCUUUUUAUUGCAGAGUCUACAUUUUAUAGAUAUCACAUCAAAUGUUGUCAUUUGACUUGUUUCCGUUGGGGUUCCAUUGUAAGCUGUGUUAUGCGUGUGUUUGGAAAACUGUAUUCAUACUUAGCCUUGUUUUUUUCCUUCAUCUGUUAUCAUACUUCUCACAGCAGUCAACAAUGGAUUGUAAAGUAUAAAGGCACAGGUCACUCAUGAUGCUUCUGCAGAGACUGUGGGCUCCCCACAUAAUGUUAUUUGGAAAUAUGGGUAUUUUAGUACAGUACAUACUUGCAUUACAUAGGUACUUCAUACAACACAAUAAAGAGUAAAUGUUAAAAUGAACUUGCUCAUUUAUAGUAAUAAGCAAAACAAUCAAAGAUAAUAUUUUCUUUAAGUCCAGGGCUAGAAAAAUUACUUCUCUAAAAGUAUACAUGAGUCAUUAAGAUAAGGUAAGAGGUGAUUUCUAGCCUGUCUAUAUUUUUAACUUCCCAAAGGUUUGAGAUUCCAGAUACAGGGCUCCUCAAUUUUAAGAAAAAUGAAAGUUCCUCCUGCUUCCUCUGUGACAGAUAUAGAGACAGCUCUGCCAGUGAUGGGUUUGUUUGAAGAAUCUCAGUAGUAAAGCAUCCUUGCAUGUUUUUAUCCAUUAUACUUUGUCCAAGCCCUUCACCUGCAUUCUCCCCCUUUCAGUUAGGUAGCAAUGAGAUGGCAGCACUUAUGCCCCUCUUAGAGAGGUAACAAAGCCACACCUAGCUUAAGAAUCAUUUUGUUGAGUCAUUUCUCACUUAGCUGGCCUUCAAAUGCCUGGAUCCUUCUCCAGGGAGCAGGCACCAAACUAGUACCUGCAAAAAGUGUGGUGUAUUUGAUUUGUCCCUACUAAGUGCUGAAUUGGUGUUCUCAGCCUGUGAACAUUCUCCCACUUUUAACCUAAUUUAUCUUCACUUGUUUAAAUAUAAGGAAGCCCAAGAUGGACUUGAUUUUCAAACUCAGAAUGGCAAGCCACCUGUGACCCACAAUGGAAUGAAUGAACAUAUUUCUCUCCAAAAUGAGUUUCUCCUUUGGAAAUUGUUACUAACCUAAUCCUCAAUUUAGCAGUUCUCAUCAACAAAAUUCUCAGAUUUUAGUAUUAGUCAGCCAGUCUAAUACAAAUGAUGGACUUAUUUUCUUAGACAAGUCAAUAAGCCAUAUAAAUUGGGUUAUUGGGUACAUCCCUGUGUCUCCACCUAUACAUUAAGGGCAGAUCCAGCAAAAUAAGAGAAGUUUCCUAAUGCCAAAUGAUAAGUUCCCCCUGACUAAGAUGGGUAACCCUCUAGUUAGUUUGUACAGGACUCAAGAACAUCACAAUACACAACACUCACAUGCCCAUAGGUUCUGACUUAGAAAUGCUUUAUCCCGGUUGCUCACCAUUUCAUCCAGCCAGUCUUCCACCUCAGAUUUUUCAGUUUCAUUUUAUGCUUAUUAAAAGCUUACUAAAAGUAGACCUAAAUAAUUCUUGAAUUGUCAGGGCGUCAUUAUUCUGCAAUAAAAUGCUACAAAGAAAGCCCCCCGUGAAGGAGUGGGAACUAUGUUUAUUUUUCUGAAGUGAUGUAUAAUGCAGUGGAGUCUGUUUUGCAAAUACUGAGCUGCAUUUAAUUAUCUUCCACUUUUACUUAAAAAAAUCCAAUAGUGAAUUUACUUCCAUUGUCUUCCAAGGGAGGUCAAUAAUCUUCAUCUUUGAAAAGCAGCCCAAUUUCUUUCAUGGGAAGCAGACUGACAUGGGAGAUAGAUUUUAAAAAAAAAAAUUGCCCAAAUCCACCACUAGCAGAGUGGAGUUAAUAAUCCAAAGAUGACAAAUGCAGAGAUGGCUGCCAUACGUCAGAAUUAGCAAGACCGAAUAUGUAAAACAAGUGUCAUGCAACCAUGAAAUUAUUAAUGGAGUAGCUCAUAGGGCAUGUUCAUGAGUCAUUGCCAAAAGAUGGCAAAAAAGAGCUUUGAAUUCUGGGGAGGGACAGCUGGGAUGGCUUCAUGCAAGAGGCGGAGUCCAAUAGGGCCUUGAAGGACUGGCAAGAUUUUUUUAGGGGUAGAGAAUGUAAACUCAUGAGGAAGCGGAUUAUCAAACAUAAAGAUACACUACACCCUAGUAGGGUUUCUACUCAAAACAGUCCAGGCAAAGGGAUGGAGUAGAAAAUGCUUAGUUCCAGGCUGGAAAGAAUUGGGUCCAUACCUAGGGAGUCCCCACCAAUAGAGGAAGAAAAGACUUGUCAUCUGAGACCAAUGAAGAGGUGGUUCCCAGAGUCAAAAAAUUUAUGUAGACUCCUUUAUAAUAAUGUUUAUUUUAAAGUAAAUCAUUAGCAAUUCCCCAGAAACACAAGAAAUUUUGAAAAGGCUACAACAACAUUAAAAGUAUAUAUUGAAUCUUUCAGAGUAAGCAGUAAUGUUCAGACAUGACUAAAGUAAGCAGAGGUGCUAUUAAAAGUGGGUGAAGAAAAUUGCUAAUUAUCUUCUAACCCUACUCAUUGUAUAAAAAUUAAAUUGCGAUGGGACUAAAAACAAGAAGCAAAACAUUUAUGCUCUGGCCUCGGAUUUUUCACCAUAAAUGGCAAGGAGGAAGAAUAGAUAAACAAUCUUAGAUAUUAGAUUAGCAUCCAAUAAAGUCCUGCCCUCCUAGAUACAGACCAUGGCUUCUAUGACCAAAUAAAGCUCUGUGAAGAUUCACUCUGUAGUAACACCCUUCUUUUUUUUUUUUAAAGAUAAAGCUGUGGGUUCACUGUUGAUAUAAAUUACUAAUUUUUAGCACAGUCAACACUGGAUCCGUGGGUACAUUGUAAUCAGAAGCUUUAAGUAACAGAGAAAAAAGCUGUGCCUUGUAGAACACAGAAGAGGGACAGACCCUACAGUAAGAAAAGAGGCAGCAGGGUCUUCCUAUAAGAGCCCACAUGCCUGCAGAUUGCUAUAACCAGAACAGAGGAUUGCAAGUGAAGUGUCUGAGGAACAAACUGCCCUCCUGUCUAAUCUCUCGAAAAAUAGAACUAUAUCAAGGUCACUCACCUUUUCCUACCCCUGAUCAUCAGAAUUUUCCCUCUCCUUGGAGACUCCUCAGCUUCCCAGCCCCCAGUCCCUUUCUUCAGGUGCUAAGACAAGGCCACAGGAGAGUAUGAAACCAGCUGUCAAGAAUGGUUCCAAAUCUGCAUAGAUGUACCCAGGAAAGACAUCUUUCAGUAUCUUUGCCCUUCCAACAAGGUCUACACUUGCAGAUUGAUUCCACUAUGAAAAUAACAAAUAGUAGUAUUAUAUGAACAAUAUACCUGUGGGUAGGCUGUAUAAUAUCCCUAAGACACCAGGCCCUAAUUUCUGGAACCUGAAAAUGUCACCUUAUUUGAGAAAAGGAUCUUAAUGAAUAUGAUCAAGAUAAGGAUCUUGAGAUGGAGUUAUAUUAAAGUAUCCAGAUUGUCCCUAAAUACAAUCACAGUUGUCCUUAUAAGAGAGAGGCAGAAGAAAAGUUGAUACAAGACUGGUGUGAUGUGAUCGCAAGUCAAGGGGUGUGGGCAGGUACCAAAAGUCAGAGAAGGAAAGGAACAGUCUCCCUUAGAGUCUCUGCGGGGAGUGUGAUCCUGAUAUACUGAUUUCAGACUUCUGUCCUUUAGAGUGGGAGGGGAUGCAUUUCUGUGGUUUUAACCAAGUGAGUAAUGUUUUGUCGAAGCAGUUAUAGGAAACUAAUGUAAUAACCAAGCACUGGAGACAAUGCAGAAAAAUGGGGUAUGUUAAGAACAAAGAAUGUUAUAAACUGAAUUGUGUUCCCUGAAAAUUCCCCUAAAGCCUUAAUACCCAAUAUCUCUCUCCUUAGAGGUAAGGCUUUUAAAGAGGUAACUCUUUAAAAGGUCAAAUGAGGUCAUAAGGGUAGCCUUGAAUGAAUGAUUGGCGGUCAAAAAAAAAGUUCUCCAUCACAUGCACACAGGGGAAAAGCCAUGUGAAAACACCCCAAGAAGUUGCUAUCUGCAAGCUAAGGAGAGAGGCCUCAGGAGAAGACAACCCUGCUGGCUCCCUGAACCUGAGCAUACAGUCUCUGGAAACUGUAAGAAAAUAAAUUUCUGUUAUGUAAAGCU